AUAAAAUUACAAAUUAAAAAUAAAUAAUUCCAAACCGACUUUCGUAUUUUUUCGCCUAUAAAUAGGCUUCCUCGAAGAUCAUAGCAACUCAUCUCAUCAGAAUCCUUUGGAGCAAUAUACAUUUGAGAGUCCCCCAGUGAAAAUCAACACAUACAUGGUUGAGAUAGACAUACAGAUCCCAAGAGCUUACGACCCCUUUGCGGAGGCCAAAGAUACAGACGCCCCAGGAGCCAAAGAGUAUGUCCAUAUUCGCAUACAGCAGAGGAAUGGAAAGAAGAGUCUGACCACUGUGCAAGGCCUGAAAAGGGAGUUCAGCUACGAAAGGAUCCUUAAAGACCUCAAAAAGGAGUUUUGCUGCAAUGGUAACGUGGUCCACGAUAAGGAGCUGGGGAAGGUGAUACAGCUGCAGGGCGACCAGCGCAAGAAUGUGUCCCACUUCUUGAUCACUGCCGGGAUUGUCAAAAAGGACCAAAUCAAGAUUCAU